AUGUGCGAAAAUUUAACAAACGACGACGACGACAUGUCGAAAGUAGGAAGUUUAUUCAAUUUGAAAGAUAUAAAAGAAUCGCUCGCGAUUGCGGAAAGUUUGGCGACAACCGCCAUGAAAACAUCACAAUCGGCUAAGAAAAGAUUACUCGCACGGAAAAUCGAAAUGGGAUUAGAUUCAAAUUUGGAAUUUGUACCGCCGAAACAAGUUCUUCUCUAUCUCGUGCGGUAA